UUCGUGAAACUCCUUGACCCUUGGACAUUCUCCCAUAUGUGUAUGUAGACUGCAUAAUGUGAAAAUCAUGCUGAUUAGCUGACUAAAAGGCAAAAGUAGCAAAUCCAGUAUCGAAUCUCCAUUAAAAUACCAUAAAGUGGUACUAGAAUUUUCUGCAUAAAAACUCACGCACAGCCAAGCCCCAUCAGUCUGGCUUUGUCUACUUCUAUUGUGACUUGCAGUUACAGAAAGCAAUCUCAACAUUCCCCAAACCUUGUUCAUAUGCUUAACUCAAAACUACAGAACAGAAAAACCCAUUUCUCAGAUUUCAUUUCUCUUUCCUCUGUUCUUCAUAGAAUCAGUGCCCAUAUGAAGGCACACAUGGAAACACUGAUUUGAACAAAACCCAUCUCAGACCAACCAUUCAAAUUUGUUUUUCACUCACUUUUCCUUCACUUUAUGGCAACCCCAAACUCACAAACAACUCAAACUCCAUUGAUAGAUGCAUCACAAACACAAACAAACCCUAGUGAUGAUGAUGAUGCCAAACUUGAUCACUCUCUCAACAGCUUGGUGACCUUUCUCAGGCUCUUUGGGUUUUGCCAAUACUCUUUUCUGAGCUUCAGCCUCUCAUGGCUUGCUUUCCUUCUUGUGGGUGUUGCACUUCCAGUGGUACUCAUUGAAGUCUCUUAUAGUUCCAGCAGUGAGAAGUAUCAGAUCAAAAAUUUUGAGCUUCAGAUUCUGAUUUCUGAGUCUCUUGUGGCUGCCAUUUCUCUUGUUUGUAUUUCUUACAACCUCAGAAAGUAUGGCAUACGGAGGUUCUUGUUCGUGGAUAGGUAUCAUGGUCAUAAGCUUCAGUACCGUGAGGAAUAUAUACAGAAGAUCAAUAACUUCUUCCGCUUGCUGGCAGUGUGGGUAUUGCCUUUCCUCCUUCUGAAGACUGCUCGUGAAGUCACUCGCGUAAUUUAUGUUCACUACGAUUCAUGGUGGAAAUCUGUUCUUGCAUUGCUUGCUUUGCUUGUGUCAUGGACGUUUUCAACUAUAAUUUUCCUAUCAGGCAGUGCUUUGUUCAACUUGGUGUGCAGUUUGCAAGUGAUACACUUUGAGAACUAUGGGAAGCUUUUGGAAAGGGACAUGGAUGUUUCUGCGUAUAUCGAAGAACACACUCGUCUAACGCAGUAUGUAUCCAAGAUUAGCCACAGAUUCCGAAUCUAUCUUAUUUUUCAAAUUUUAGUUGUGACAGGCAGCCAAGUUGUGGCUCUACUGCAGACCACAGGAAAUCACGGAAUCGUCAAUCUCAUCAACGGAGGCGAUUUUGCAGUCUGCUCUAUUGUUGAGCUUGUUGGGUUAAUUAUAUGCCUGCAUGGGGCUACAAAGAUUUCACACAGAGCUCAAGGUCUUGCAUCAGUUACUAGCAGAUGGCAUGCUGUGGUCACCUGCAGCUCCAACGAUGCAUCUCAAUCGAGAUUCGACAACAGUUCGGGAAACUUGGAGAUUGCUUAUUCUGCUGGUUCAUUACCCAUAACCUACUCAGAAAGCGAUCUAGAGUCAGUUGAUUAUGUGCCAGUGCCGACAAGUACACAAAUAGCUUCAUACAAGUCCCUCUAUCAGAAAAGACAAGCUUUUGUUACGUACAUGCAAUCAAAUCCGGGUGGGCUUACCAUCUACGGCUAUACGGUGGAUCGGGCGCUCGUUGGCACCGUCUUCUUUCUUGAGUUCUCACUGGCUCUCUUUGUGCUGGGGAAGACAAUUACCUUCACCACCAAAUGAUUUUAUGAGCACUCACUCUUUCGGCAGCUGACUACUCGCUUGUGAUGCGUUUAAGGGGCAGACUGGCUGCAAUAGACUCUCUGCUGUAUUUCAGAGGCAGAAAUUUCACUGGGCGCUAUAGCAUUUACUUUUUACCAAGGACUUCAUUUACUUAGGGUAAACAAAGGCUCAGAGAUGUGAGAUUAUUUUUCUGAUGAACAAAUGUCAUGGUUUGAUUA